UAUGUAACGCUUCAUGAUCUCUGUGAUAUGGAUAAGUAUGAGAAACUGGCUAAGAUCGGCGAGGGCUCAUACGGAGUGGUGUUCAAAUGCAGACACAGGGACACCGGUCAGAUAGUGGCCAUUAAAAAGUUUGUUGAGUCUGAAGAUGACCCGGUCAUCAAGAAGAUCGCACUGAGAGAAAUCCGCAUGCUGAAGCAGCUGAAGCAUGUGAAUCUGGUGAACUUGCUCGAGGUCUUCAGGAGAAAGAGACGUCUUCAUCUGGUCUUUGAGUUCU